AUGCGACGUGAUUUCACUUGGACAUUUACCGUGGCCAACGUGAAGGUACCCAUCCUUGGCGUGGAUUUCCUGGCGCAUUAUGCACUGGCGGUCCAUAUGAACCCUAGGACUCUGUCCGAUACGACUAUGAAUCUCCGUGUCUUAGGUACCCCUACACGUCAAGGCUCCACAGGAAUCAGCGUCGCAACAUGCCAUGGUCGCGAGUACUUAGAUCUCCUGACACAGUUCACGGAUAUAACGCUGCCACUCCAAACGUUUUCAAAACCAACAUCUCCUUUCGUCGAGGAACUCCGCCACAAAAUGGCCCGGCUUAAAUAUGCAACUCCGCGACAGCAACCGGUGAAAUCGUACAUCCCUCAACACUUGCGGGAUUGCAAAUUCGUCUUCGUACGGAACGACGCCGUGAGACGACCACUCACGCCGGCAUACCAAGGUCCUUUUCAGGUUCUUCGGCGCACCGACAAGCACCUUACGAUCAAGCGCGCCAACUCGACCGACACCAUCGCGAUCGAUCGGAUCAAGCCUGCUUUUCUGGAGAAGCGACAGUAUGACGCAAACCCGGCUCUGCGGCCCCCUAAUGCUAUUCCAGCGCACCCGGCAGACAUCAAACGACACCCCAGCGACUCCUGUGCAGCAAACCAGAUCCGCAUAUCCGGUCUCUUUCAUACUUUGCAUUUGCUUGGCAUAACACGUUUUCGUGUCUCUCUGAAAGACUUAAAAAUGCGUUACGUGGCCGCUUAUCUUCUUGCCACUCUUGGAGGUUCUAAGAACCCCACAGAGUCAGAUAUUGAAAAAAUUCUUGGCAGUGUGGGUAUUGAGGCUGAAAGCGAUAAAAUGAAAGCUGUUGUUUCUUCUCUCAAAAAUUUAAAUGCAAUCUCAAUCAUUAUCUUCUGUUUUAAUUCUUUUUUUUUUUUUUUUUUUUUCUCUCUGUCUGCCUAUCUCUGCCUGUCUGUCUAUCUCUGCCUGUCUGUCUAUCUCUGCCUAUCUGUCUAUCUAUCUGUCUAUCUAUCUAUCUAUCUCUGCCUGCCUGUCUAUCUCUGCCUGCCUGUCUAUCUCUGCCUGCCUGUCUAUCUCUAUCCUAUCUAUCUCUCUUAUGCCUGCCUAUCUAUCUAUCUAUCUAUCUAUCUAUCUCUGCCUGUUAUCUAUCUCUGCCUGUCUAUCUAUCUAUCUGUCUAUCUAUCUCUGCCUGUCCAUCUAUCUAUGCCCGUCCUAUCUCUGCCUUUCCAUCUAUCUCUGCUAUCUAUCUAUCUCUGCCUGUCUAUCUAUCUCUGCCUGUCUAUCUAUCUCUGCCUGUCUAUCUAUCUCUGCCUGUCUAUCUAUCUCUGCCUGUCUAUCUAUCUCUGCCUGUCUAUCUAUCUCUGCCUGUCUAUCUAUCUCUGCCUGUCUCUAUCUAUCUCUGCCUGUAUUGAGUCUGCCUGUCUAUCUAUUCUCUAUGUCCUAUCUAUUUCUGCCUGUCUAUCUAUCUCUCCUGUCUAUCUGUUCAUAUCUAUCUAUCUCUCCUGUCUAUCUAUCUCUGCCUAUCAUCUCCGCUCUGCCUGUCUAUCUAUCUCUGCCUUUUCCAUCUAUCUAUCCUAUCUAUCUAUCUAUCUCUGCCUGCUAAUCUAUCUAUCUGCCUGUCUAUCUAUCUCUGCCUGUCUAUCUAGUUAUCUGCCUGUUCAUCUAUCUCUGCCUGUUCCAUCUAUCUCUGCCUGUCUAUCUAUCUCUGCCUCUAUCUAUCUAUCUCUAUCUAUCUAUCUAUCUAUCUAUCUCUGCCUGUUCAUCUAUCUCUAUCUAUCUCGCCUCUAUCUAUCUAUCUAUCUAUCUCUGCCUAUCUCAUCUAUCUAUCUAUCUCUGCCUGUCUAUCUAUCUCUGCCUGUCUAUCUAUCUCUGUCUGCUUGGUAUGAAAUGGUUUUGAAAAAAUACCUUUCUGAAAUUUUAGGUCAACAGAAACUUGCCUCUGUCCCAUCUGGUGGUGUAGCUGUCUCUGCUGCUGGAGCUCCUGCUGCUGCUGCUGACUCAUCUGCUGCCCCUGCCAAAGAAGAAGCCAAGAAAGAAGAAAAGAAAGAAGAAUCAGAAGAAUCAGAUGAAGACAUGGGUUUUGGACUCUUCGAUUAA